GCCGCGAGCUGACCUCCGCUGCGUUGCCGCAGCGACUGGCAACAGGAUCUGUCCUAGAAGAGCUGGAAGCAGCAGACAAUCGUCUGCAUUUUCGGCGGCUGGUGGGCACUGGGCCUGAUGAAGGCUGGGUCUCCAUUGCAGUGGCGGGCAAGCGCCUUCUUUCCCGGGCCGAGGAGGCGUUCUCAGGAACCUGGGAGGAUGAUGAGGGCACCGAGGUGGUCAUCGAAGGCCUGUUGAUGCAUGGCCUUGGCACCUCGCUGCCGCUGGAAGUCUCCGGCGUGCGCAUGUGUUCCUUCAAGAUGAGCGGCGAAGUGUUCCAGGGACGGCUCUUGGGCGAUGGCCGCCUUCUCUGGAGUGAUGGGGCACUCUGGUGCCGCAAGGCAAUGGAAGGAGGCUUGCUUCACUGCGAGGAGGCUCCGGGCUCCACGCCGGCGCAAAGUCGCCUGGCGAAGGCCAAAGCCAAGCCCGGCGCCGGGGGCCUGAGGAAUGGCUUUCUAUCCUGGGAGAAGUCGGUGCUCCAUCCGAGUCAAGUCCGAUGCCCCUUUGAGGCCGCGGGGUGCCGAUGGGCGAAGGCCUGCUUCGAGGUGUUGUUGGAGGCAAGCAAAGUUGGCUGCAUUGAAUAUCGGCCACUACCGGAGAGAACGCUCUCGCCAAAGGAGAUUUGGAUAGUUGUGGACUUCUUGUCAUCUGCACUGGCGUCCCAAGAGAUCGUUGACACUUGGCAGCCCCGUAUUCCCUUGAAGGGUGGGUACCGGCGAACAACGAAAAACUACCGGCGGACAACGAAAGAUGAAUGGAUCGCAGAAGCCGCCGAUGUCUUCGAGACAAUGCUGCUGCCCCUGGAGGUGGAGGGUUUCAAGGGAGCUAAUACGAGGUACAAGCAGCUCCUGCUUCUGGUUCACCCAGACAAGAACAGACAAGAAGGAGCCACAGACGCCUUCCGAAAGCUCUUCGAUGCUUUCGCAGUUAUCGUUGAUCCUGCUGCGCCCCCCGGCAGCGGCGCGCGCUUUUGCGCGCGCAGGGCCGCGCGGGCGGCGAAACCAGAAAAGGUAAGCUCCGAACAUUUGGACUUGCGGGCAUUGCACCUGCCCAAGUCCGCAAUUUCACCCGCACGUUCCUUCAACCUAGACCUCGCGCUUGGAGGAAUUGGUGGUGUGGUUGCGGCCGUCUUCAUGCAAGACAACGUCGACGAAUCUGAGCGAGUGCUGCAUGAGCAGAGCGAGCUGCUCGAAGCCCUUGGAAAGUACGAUGGCAGUGACAAGACAUGGGUAAGUCCCGAGACGGCCAAAGUGCUUUGGGACACCGUGAAGGACUCCGGAUCGUGUGACGCUGCAAUUUUCGUGGACGUCCGUGAUGGUGACGAGUACGACACGAGCCGCAUCGAGAAUGCGAUGAACAUAAGCUGGGGAUUUGCGAACUUGGUGAGGGGAACAGAGGAGUUCAAGCAACUCGAGAAGUACCCCUCUAAGAUGGUCAUCGUCUAUAGCGACAAUGGCAGCCAACUCAGCCGAUGUGGGCAGGUGGCUACGACACUGGGCUACUUCCUGCGCACGCACCAGGUGCGGAGGCUGAGGCGUGGUCUCAACGCAUGGAAGCGCCACGGCUACCCAGUCGAAGGCAGCCGCCAGACUUUCUUCGCGCGGCAGCGUUUAGGUGACAACAUCCUGAAGGUGGGCGACAGCGGUUACGAGCUCGAGGAAGGGCAAAAGUCCCUUGCCCGCUGA